GUGCCGACCUUAAAAGUAUCCAGGAUAUUUUUCACUUAAAAUCCACGCAAAUAGCCAAUACCUUGACUGAUCUCGCGAACAAAUCGAAGCGCUCCGCACCUUGAGGUUGAUGACCACUGACCAGUUACUGGGACGUCACGAAAACGUAUUUCCGCGGUCAACAAUUCUUAUAUUUAGACUGAGUUUUUUCCUUUUUCAUUAUACGUGGAAUUUCUGUGUUUUGUAAUUAUUAACAUGCGUGGGGGGCGUAUCGUAAUAAUCUGCUACACUUUGUUGUGUUUACUGGCGUGAAGGUGAAAGCUGUGAAUUCUGUCAAUAUCGAAAAUCUGAGUAACGUCGGAUGUCGAAGUAAACCAGAAGGCAUGUUUAGUUCAAAACUUGAAUAAUAUUACUUUAAUCAUGACAAGAUGUGGCUGAAAAUAUUUUCGAGAAUGGCCAUCUAGUGAACAGCGAAGCUUUGAUCAAUUCACAGAGGGAAAGGAUAGUUUUAUUUUGGAAAAAAAAAGAGGUAGAUAAAAGAGAAGCAAGUCCUAUGGCUACAGAGGAAACGAAAACACCUGCAUUGGCUGCGACAAACGGAAGAGAAGCUGAGCAUGGUAUUCAAAUUAGAACAAAUGUUAUCGAUCCAAGGACCUCUGUGGUAACAGAACUGCAGCUUUCAGACAUAAGUGAUGACGUAGGCACCUGCUGGCGUGAGCUGGGUCCAAAGCUUGAUAUUCCUGCAGCAAAGAUCCAAAACCUGGACGACGAUUAUCGUUGUGCUCGAGACAAAGCAAACGCCUUACUCCUCAUUUGGAAACAAAAAGAAGGGAGCAGCGCAGUGGCGGAGCGUCUCGCAUAUGCAUUAGAAAGCAUUGGAAAAAAAUGCAUUGCAGAAAAGCUGCUCAGAGUGGAUGAUGUACCCAAGGGCCAUGUUAUCAGUUUGACAGUUAUACAUGAGUUGGGUGCAGGGCUUGAUAAGCAUAUGGUGUGCGUAGAUGCGCAGGGAAAUAAAUACACGGUAAAACCAUUCAACAGCAGUGACAAACUUUUGAAUCUGGAAGAGACAAAUAUAGGCAAAAGAUUCUUAGAAACUGUUGUGGCGAGACAGGAAAGCCUAAAGCGAUAUAUAUCAUCAGAACUUCAGGACCUGAGGUUUCAAAUGAAGAAAGGGCUACUGGCGGCUUGUGGAAAUGUUGGUACAGCAAAUAGGACUCAAGAUGCCUCCAAGGAAAACAUAGAGCCGACAAGCAGUUCAUUUAAUGAGGAGGUGGGUCCACCAAACGAUGAAAGCGUGGAAGAAUUGCUACAAACAUGUGAAGAACAUCGCAACUUUUUUCAGAAGAUGUUUGAAGCUCUUAUCAAAAUGACUGCCGAAGUUGCGCAACAAAAUGAAGAUGACGUAAAUUGUAUUCAACAGCUUUUGGACUAUGCUAAGGAACUCCGGCAAGAAGAAAAAGCACUUUUCUCGAAAAUUGAAUCGACUUGUACUCAUAACCAACUCUCAGACGAGAAGCACGCGGAUCGAACUGAAGAAUUACAAAAAUGGAAAACGCAACAUGAGGUGCAAUUCAAGGAAGUUGAAAAGCUUCUGUCAGGACUGCUGAAUGCUGAAUGGAAAAUGGAGAGAGGGCUGGGUAAUAAAGAGAGGCCGCCCUCUCGGCAGAAAUCUUUGCAAGAACGCAUGUCAAAAUAUCUUCCAGGAUAUGGAAGAAAGAGUCCCAUAUCUAGACGUUAUUCAGAAUGUGACCUUCCAAAAGAGACUGGAGCAAAGCUCUCUCACCAGAAAUCUUUGCCAGAAGGAAUCUCAAAAUCUCUUCCAGAAUAUGGAGGAAAGAGUCCCAGACGUUAUUCAGAAUGUGACCCUCCAAAAGAGACUGGAGCAAAGAACCCCUUGUUGAGGCUGCGAUCCGGAGACAAAAAACCUUGAAUCCUUCUCUCAAUCUCAAAACCCUCCAGCGAUAAAGAACACUAAACCAAGGAAUCGGAAGGAAGAGAUAACACAAAAGAACUCAUAGACUGGUAAUUUUUACAAUAAAAAAAAUAAAAACUGAAAUUGAUUUGAAUAACCACUUUUUGAGGAGGCCCUGUUGCGAAAGAUAUUGAAAGGGGCACAAGAACAACUUUAAUUUUAUUUACCACCCAUUUUAUUAACACUCGAUUACGAGAAGAUUCAGUAGACCCUAUAUUUAUUUGAGAAAUAUAAUGUUAAAAAAAUAAGACUCUCAAUAACUGACAGAAGCAAUUCCUUUUUCGCCUUGUUGUACAGCCGGGUGAAUUAGCCUUUUCGGCAUAAUUGUAAUCGCCAAGUUGAACAUGAACAAAAAUUUGUAAGCACACGACAAACUAUUUAGCUGAUCAGCUUUCAAUAUAUUCUUUAGAUUAUGGGAGUGUGUGAGGAUUCACGAUACAUCAAUAUAGAAUUAACUCUUGUAUACUAAAAUGGGGAUUGUUAUUUCUUGUCUUUCUUGAUUAUCAAUUAUAUUUUUUUAAAAUUCCAUCACAACUUUCUCUAAUUAGCCAUAUUAACUAUAUAUAACUGAAAUAAAGUGCAUGUAAGUAUG